CGGUGCAACAGAAGCGUGACGCAUAUCGUGUGACGUGACGCAAUUCAGCUUGAACAAUCAACAACGUGUGGUGAAAAACGGAGUGAACGUCUUUCAGUGCGUGCGACUGUCUGCCUAUAUGUCGAAAACGAUUAUCUGCCAACACUGCCAAAAACGUUGAUUUCCUAUAUUCUCGACUGAAUCUCCUCUGAGGAGUACAAAAUGUUGGCCUUAAUCAAUCGCAUCUUGGACUGGUUUAAGUCCCUCUUCUGGAAGGAAGAAAUGGAACUCACUCUGGUCGGCCUUCAAUACAGCGGGAAGACCACUUUCGUUAAUGUUAUAGCGUCGGGUCAGUUUAGUGAAGAUAUGAUACCUACCGUGGGUUUCAACAUGCGCAAAAUAACAAAGGGUAACGUAACAAUCAAAGUAUGGGACAUUGGAGGACAGCCGAGAUUCAGAUCCAUGUGGGAACGAUAUUGCAGAGGAGUAAAUGCUAUAGUUUACAUGGUAGAUGCAGCUGACUCCGAGAAAAUCGAAGCCAGCCGAAAUGAAUUGCAUAAUCUUUUAGACAAACCACAAUUGUCCGGAAUACCAGUGCUAGUUCUUGGCAACAAAAGAGAUUUGCCACACGCUUUAGACGAAAACGGCCUCAUAGAAAGAAUGAACCUCUCUGCCAUUCAAGAUCGUGAAAUCUGUUGCUACAGUAUUUCGUGCAAGGAGAAAGACAAUAUCGACAUAACGCUGCAAUGGCUCAUAGCACACUCGAAGAGCGGAGUUCGCUAAUACCAGUGAUAUCGUAUCGUAUCGUUCCGUACGAAAGAGUUUGCAUCAAAGGGAACAGAAUUGACACCGACGAUAUCAGGGACCAUUCGUUGGGUUCUGUUUCGAGAUAAAGUCAUUAAUGUAGCGAAUCACUUAAUCAUAAGCUUAAGCCGAUCUGAGGGACGCGAGAGAGGAUGUUUCGAGGAUGUAAUGCCUGCGCGAAUCACGAUGCAAGACAGUAGGUUUAAGAAGAAUUUUUAUAUUUUUGUUUUUUAAACUUCGCAGUCUAGGUAUCUUUCAUACUUUCACUUUGCCAUUGCGAUCGUAGAAUUAUCGAAUAUAAAACACAGUGUAGAUGCGAAUUGAUUAAUUCCUGGCGUGAAUGGCGCGACUUUGGAGCUCUGAAAUCUAAAUUUUCAACUAAUAGAGGAUUAUCGAUAAUAUUCGCUAUGCGUACACGAGUAAAGUCAGCUAGCUAUAUAAUGUAUUUGGAAUAAGCAGCUGUAGUUUAAUGAAUUAUUGCGAUCCAUGAGAUAUUCGUGCGACGUUAUGUUAUGUUAUGUAUGUAUAUAUCUAUAUAUCUGUAUUAUAUAUGGAAAGAUUUGUAUAUAUACAGGGUUCUCUCCGAUGACGUGCCCUGCAGGCAAGCCUGUUACCUUUCUGUAUUAACCUAAUUAAUCUUUUCUUUUCAAAUUGUCCAGAGAAUGGUGUUCAAGAGAUUGCCGUUGUAGAAUCAUUGCAAGAAAACCAAAGAAUUCUAGGGAAAAUACUGAGUAAAGCCGACCAGUAGAGUCCCUUGUGGAAAUGUAUUUAUAAGUACAAUAAUGCGAAAUUCUCAACGAUUUUCUUUUCAAAACAAUGAAAUCUUGCAAAAAUAAUUCUAAUUAAAACUACACUUUUUUCUUAGAAUUCGAAUUACAAUUUCACAUUAUUGAAUGCUGCUGUGAAAAUAUAUUUCCAUCAGUGGUAUCAAAUUGCAGAGGAAUAAGGAUUGGGAGGGGGGGGGGGUAUUUAUUAACUAUCACUGGAAGAGUUUCGUGAUGAAAUUGUUAAUAGAAUUUAAAUGAGCGCUAUCAUCGCACAUUUAGGAAACUGUUCUGAAAGGUAGAUAGUUGUCCAUUAGUCUACAUUAAUUUGAUUGUGGUUUAGAUUUUAGUGGUAACAGUGUAUUUGAGUUGCGCGCCAUUAGAUACACCCUGUACAUAUAUUUUAAAAAAGAAUAAAAUUGCGUAGACUGUUUUUUCAAAUGGAAGUCCAGUUUAUUAAUUCUUCGAUAAUUUUUUCAUAUUUGUGUUAAUAUGUUGUUUUUCGUCAUUUUGAAAUGUAUAAUUAUGAAAUAUUUGUAUAGACAUCCGAUACAGGGCUGACGUGUAUAAUCUCGUGAAUAAAACAUGUGAUUCAAUUUAAAA